GCAGUGGAAGGAGAAGUACCUCGUGCUGACCAUGGAGGGAAGCCUGCUCGUGUGCCGCGAUGCAGAGUCCCCCCCCGAACAGGUGGUCGCUCUGCAGACCCUCUGCGAGUCCAUCGCAGAGGGUCGGGAAAUCCUGGACCUGCCCAGGUUGCCGGCAGGGGGCCGGAGGGACUGCUGCUUCGCCCUCAUCCUGCCGCAGAACAAGUUCCUGCUGCUUCUCACUGAAAACCCAGAUGACUGCAAUCUUUGGCUGAACUUGAUAAGGAAAGUGAGAGAGGGUGUCAUGUCACCCCUGACCCUGCAGAGACAGUGCAGCAUCACCCCCUGCAUCACCGACAGGGACCCGCUGCCCGACCCCCCCAGCAACAAAGACCCCGGGUCGCCCCGGGUCGGCGAGGGAAUCCCCCCUCUGUCUCGAGUCACAGAGCGAGGAGGCUCCUUCAGAGACGGAGGCCAGAGCCAAGGAGGCCCCCGGCAGCCCCUGCGCAGUGUCUCCGGGGCCCCUCCUCACCGUGUGUCCGACUGCCUUCGCCACGGCAACAGCAGCGACGCCCGGGCGGUGAGGGCGGUGUGCCUGCUGAUGGGAGGGGCGGCGGCGGCCUCCUCCGCUCUGUGCUACCUCAACUCCUCCCCGUCCUCCCCCCUGGCCAGCAGGGCCCCAGAUAUCGGCCAUGGCGUGGGGGGCUUCUCUGAGCUGCCGGCGGGGGGCUCCUUCAACGCCUGCAGCCAGGACGUCGACUCCCCCCACUUCAACAGCUUUGACUUCGAGGGCGACUCCGACUUUGAUGCUUUCGACUGUGGAGGAUUUGCUUUUUAGUUUUGACUAAUGACAGGUACAGAGGGAGACCCUUUCUUCUCAUCCUUUUUAUAAUACAAGGGCAUCAAUUAACCACUUGUUUGUUAUCGACGCGCCACACUAUUAUUAAUUAAUGAAGGUGUUCUUCCAGGCAUUUUAUACAUUUUCCUCAGGUAAAUCAUUCGUGACCUUGACUCUUGAACACUGUCUGUGUUGUAUCAGUCUUCCCAUGCCACAGGACGGCUCGAGGUUGACUGAGGGAGCAGAGCAAUGGUUCCUGAGAGCCAAGCAGAUGUUAUUGAGGAUAUUUCAGUGUAUAGGACAGCUGUGUUUCUCCACUCAUUGUCUCUCACCGCUGUAUACAUUUUAAUUUUUUAUUUGACCUCUGUGAAUAUUCUCAUCUUAUCAUUCUCUCCAUUUUAUUCGCUUUCACUUGACUUUUAGCAAUUACCCCCACUACCCAGCAUCUGCGUAUAACCUUACAUGAAAUGCGUUCCAAAGGUGAGCAAUAAAGCCUGCUGUCACAAUGACUGUGCUUUUUUUCCC